AUGUGGGCUAUUAUGCACUUCGUAGUGGCAGUAAUUCUGCCUUUAUCUACUCUUGCUCAACAAUAUGGAAUGUGCACAGCCAAAAAUGGUCGUAAUGGAGAAUGUAUUAGCACUAAAUCAUGUUCAAGUAGUGGUGGAGUUUCUGAUCCGGCUAAUCUUUGUCCUGGUGACAAUACGAUUCAAUGUUGCACAUAUGGUACAUGUAAAAAUACCAAAGGUGUUGCAGGCACAUGUCAACCCACUUCAACUUGUAAAGGAAGUUCUGAUCCGGCUAAUCUCUGUCCUGGUGGCAACCAUAUUCAAUGCUGUACAGCAGGAUCCGCUCCGACUGGUCCUAGUCCCAGUAAACCCGUCAAUACGAUGCUCACGGGUUUAGCCGAUAUUCUUCGUGGUGCGGGAGUUAAUGUAGUCGAAGUUGCCGGUUGGAAAACUCGUGGUCAUGGUGUAAUGAGCUCUGUUAAAGGAAUUAUUUGUCAUCAUACGGCAGGCGCAGCAACCGGUGACUAUCCUUCUUUGGCAGCAAUUCGUGAUGGUACUUCUAGUAUUGCUGGCCCAAUCGCACAACUUGGACUCGGUCGGUCAGGAACUUGGUUUAUCAUUGCAGCGGGGCGUGCCUAUCACGCUGGCAAUACCCUCGAUGACUCUAUCUAUGGAAAUAAUAAUGCAAUUGGUAUCGAAGCCGAAGGAGUUGGUUUACCGGCUACUGAAACUGGACAUGCACACUGGCCCGAAGUUCAAUACCAGAGUUAUGUAAAAGGAGUUAAAGCUCUUCAAAAAGCUUACGGUGUACCUACUGCUCGAGUAUUGGGACAUAAGGAAGCAGCAGUACCAAAAGGUCGCAAGAUCGAUCCUAAUUUUUCUAUGGCUGAAUUCCGUGCUAAACUUGGUUAA